AUGCAUGAUUUGAUGUCUGAUCUUUCUGUGGAAGUAGCAAGAGAGGAGAUUACUUUAUUAAAUUCAGAGGCAGAGUAUGUUAAUGUGAAAGAAAGAACUCUGCAUUUAUCCAUUAAUCCUGAAGUUCUUUCACGGAGACGAAUAAGGGUGUUGGAUUUGUCUAAUUUGUCGAUUGAAAGGGUGCCGCCUUCCAUCGACAAAUUGAAGCACAUAAGGUAUCUCGAUCUUUCUCAGAAUAAAGGCAUCAAGGUCCUUCCUAAUUCUAUAACAAAUCUCCAGAAUCUACAGACUCUGGUACUAAUUGAGUGUGGAAGGCUUAAGCAAUUGCCUAAGCAUAUGAAAAAGUUAGUCAACCUCAGACACCUUUACAUUCGAGACUGUCCUAGCUUGACUCAUAUGCCAUAUGGGUUGGGUCAAUUAACUUCCCUACAGAAUUUGUCAAUGUUUGUGGUGGCAAAAGAUAAUCGCAUCUCCAAGCAAAGUGGUGGAUUUGAUGAACUUUCUGAAUUUGAGGCCGCCAAAUUGGAAGAGAAGCAACACCUUCAAAACCUUCAUUUAGCAUGGAAGUUGGGUGCUCCCUAUGAUAAAAGUGAGAGCAAUACAAAUGACGAUAAUGGGGAAAUAUCAUUAGAAGAGCUGCAGCCUCACCGAAAUCUAAAAUGGUUAGUUAUAUCUGGGUGCGGAAAAGUUAAGUUUCCUAGUUGGAUUUCUACCCUUGAAUUUGACAGAAUUAGAAUACAUAGAGAAUGGCAAUCGAAUGUCAGGAUCUACCAUGGAGGAACUUUGGCUCAUAAAUUGCCCAAAUCUCAAGGGAUGGCGCAGGCCUCAGUUACUCCAAUUCCACUGCCUACUUAUUUGGAUAUCAUGUCCUGCCCUAACUUGACUUCAAUGCCAUUGAUUCCAUCUGUCAAGUCAUUGGUACUGAGAAAUACGAGCAUGAGGUCACUAGAGGACACACUGAAAAUGAAGAUUUCGGUGUUACAAUAUAGAUCCUCUUGUCCUUCAUCUUCAAGUUCCUCAUCUUCAACUUCCCCUAUUCCGUCUCAAUUGAAAAGUUUGUGUAUCCAUGAAAUAGAGGGUCUAGAAUUUCUGGCAGAGGAGUUGAUGCAGAACCUCACUUCCCUCCGACAGCUCCAUAUUGCUGAUUGCCCAACCAUAACAACUCUACCUUGUGCUAUACAACAUCUUACUUCCCUUAAGGCUCUCCUCAUAUGUGGUUGUGAAAAGCUAGAUUUUCUAGCUGAUAAGAAUGAAAAUGGUAUGCAGUGGCAGUGCCUUAGAAGCCUGAAAAGGGUUCAAUUUAAAAAUAUGGCAAAAUUGGUAUCUCUUCCAAAGGGACUUCAACAUGUUACUACUCUACGCAAACUUGGCAUUGAAAGCUGCCCAAAUUUGAUGUCUUUACCUAAAUGGAUGACAAAUCUCACUCGAUUACAAUAUCUAGAAUUGGACAAAUGUCCAAAUCUAUCAGAAAGAUGCAGCAAGAACAUGGGUGCUGACUGGCCUAUGAUUGCUCAUAUACCAAAUAUUAAAAUUGAUGGAAGGUGGAUUCAAUUGGAUGGCCAUUACAAAACUUGAUUAGAAAAAAUCAUCAGAUUUUCAUUCAGGUUGUUAAGACAAAAGGCGAGAGUGGUUUCAUGUUAUAAGAGUUCUUGUUGAAAGGCGAGAUUUAAGGUAAGAAUUUACUCAUGUCUGGU